AUGGCAGUCUUUGGCAUAGUUGUCAUAGUGCUUUCGUGGUAUUUGGAUACGGUAUGCUAUAUUUAUGUUCCUGGCGCUAACAAAUAACCCCCUAAUUCUUUAUAUGGUCAAGUUCAUCGCGAAUGAUCACCGAAAUAAACCUAACUUACUGAGCUAAGUUUAUUUCCCUAUAGCUCACAAGGAUCGCAUGUCAAGUACUUUAAGUUAGCGGGAAUGGGCUAGCGAUGAGCACAAUCACUACCGCUGAGGUAUAGGUUCAUUUCUGAGCUUGGCGUCGUAUCGGAAUUUUCGACCUUCCUCCAAAAAAAAAACAGCGCUCCAAAUUCCUUUUCUUCAAGAUAAUGGACGAGAACAGCCACUUUGUGAUGUCCACUUCUAGGUUUUUUCUUUUUUUUUGACCUCGUGGAUGAUAAUUUGGUUGUAUAAAGCCAUCAGGCUUCCUUCCAUGCUUCAGGUGUUGGCAUUAAGUAAAGUUUGAAGUACUCUAGUAUUUUAGAGUAAAAUUGUCAUUCGACUUUGAUUCUUAAGAGAAAAGCUACGCAGAAUCCUGAGGCAAUUACAAGUUUGAGAUGUUUUUUCUUUCAUGAAAAGCACUGAUAUCAUGAAUGUUGGGCAAAAAGAUAAAGGCCUUUUUUAGUAGCAUAGAAUACACCUAAUAACCGGUACAUCACCAAGAUCUUCGCGGCCACGGCCUGUUUUCGCAGAUUUUGUAAAAUAGAUAUAUGUUUGAUAUGUGUAGCAUACAAGAAUUACGGGUUGAUAAAACUUGAAUAAUUAACAACGUUUUCCUUUUUACUGCAUUGUUGCCGUAAAUGAGCCAUUUAUCAAAGGUGCUAUUUGUAUGACAGGAUAGUUGAGGCUAAAUGCUGGUCGAGUUUUCAGACAUGUCAGAUGGAGACCGCAGGGCUUUCUUACGCCCUCUUAGUUUGUCGAUCAAUGCAUGAUGGAAUCGAGAAUUGGAAGAGCUUCGGCUUAACGGAGACGUUAAUCUUAUUCAAUGAGGUCCUAAAAGCCGGGUAUUAAAGUUCCACACAUACUUUCCAACUUUCCAUUUACCUUGAUGACUGUAUUCUUUUCCAUUUCUUUAGGCGUCAUAAUUUCUUUAAAGGCCUAGAAACUUCCACUCUAAUCCUUACCGUCCGUCGUUAUUUUGAUGAUUGGUUCAUUGCAACCAUUUUACUGCUUAUGUCUCUCACGAAGUGCUGCAUAUGGGUUUGGAGAUCUGACAUUAAUCUUUUCCAUUUAGCUUUUUUUUUUUUUUUUUUUUUUUGUACAAAGCAAAGAAAAAUGCGGGGAAUUGCUGUGGUAUGAUAUUGCCCGAAGAGAACUAUUUUUUCUAUGACAAAUUUGCCAGACAAAGCUCACCUUUAAAGGGUCCUCCUCUCUUUUUCGAGAAAAUUCAUGUUGUUGAGGUUACAACUGUUAUGUCCCAAGACGUCGAUAAUUCAUAAGUGUGCCCGAAGGAAAAUAUCCCGUUCUUGAAAUAGCGAUCGUAUCUUCAUAAUGUUUGCAACAUACAAUUCCAUGCCUGAUAUUUAAGUUUUGAAGUUUUUUUCUUUUUUUAUUGUAAUCUUAUUUGUAUUUACCCAGUUUUGUCACAUGCAUCUUCGGCCAUCCAUCAAAAUUGAUAAUUUACAGGUACGAGACAUUUACGCAGUUUUUUCUCAACGGAAAUGAUCGAUAAUUCUCUCAAGGCUAGCGCAUAAUUAAGUAGAUUCUUUCUACAGACUUAUUUCGCACUUUGAGGUUUCCAGAUGCUAUCUUCAUCAGGUAUGUGAUGUUUACGUUAACCACAGCCGCAUUCGUGUAGACAUAAGAAAAAUAAUUAACAACCAUUCACGGCAUAACAGGCUCUAUUUGCAUAAGGAAAUUGUGAAACUUGUACCGUUAGACUUAUUAAUCGACUCAUUUGGAACGGAAACUCUAUAGAAUCCACCGCACAUUUUAGCUGAAUCGACUGCAAUUGCAAUCGGCAUAAACAGAUCGAAGUAUUGUCAUGGAAAGGAAAUAAUGAUAGAUUUUAAAGAUGGUGUCGAUGAAUCAUUAAGCCGGCGGGUAGUUUUCUAGUUUCUUCGAAAAAUACUCUCUUUGAAUUAUUAAAUAGAUAUCUGAUAGCAACUUUGUCGACUUAAAAUGAAGGUAGAAAUAUAUUUACUUAAGAACGAACACCUUUCAUAUACGUUAACAAAUGGACCAAUUGGAGAACUAAAGAAAGAAAUGAAUCCUUUAUGGAAAUAAUUAAGAUCAUUCAUUUUUACUGUUUUGUUUUUGUUAUCAGAUGAAUUUAAUUUGGAAAAAUAAAAAAAUAGAAUUUUUACAGCGUUUGGUUGGAAACUUAUUCAAUAUUCUGCUAUAGUUUUUUUGAAGGGCAACAGUAUUUUCAAACUAUUAACCGCAUAAUAUAAAGCCCAGAAACUUCAAAACAAUCAAUUAGAGCGCAUUAUUACACGUUUAAUUUUUUAUGAAACCUAACUCAUUCAACAGCAGGUAGUUAUUUAUCAUCGAGUCAUUUCCAAGGCGAUGCAAUGAUGACUUUAAAAGCUGCAUGUAUGACAUGAUAGACAAGAAUUAAAGCACUCGGGAGUUUGCAUUUUCGCAGUCACGUAUUGCCAACUAGCCGUGUUUUCAAGGAACCUGGCCAUUCGGUUAUUUCCAUAUCUAGCCCAGACAUAGCCCACAGCAAUAGAAUGAUGAAAUUUUUUGGGUAAAGUGUUCUUAAACAUUUUUAAUGAGACAGAACGGCUCCAUUGAGAGUUUCACCGAAAGCCCCUCACGAAAAAAGCUCUCGCAAACGUAAUGAGAAUGAAGAAUAUCAAAACUAGAUGAAACAGGGGGAAAUAUGAGAUUCCUUUUAAGAAAAUAUCAAUUUAUCUCGAUACAGGCGGGAAAGUAUUUUUUUGGUCUGGAACAGUCUUCUUAAACAGACCGACAAGUUGACAAGUAUUAAUAGAAAUAAGACAGAAAUUUAUUAGGAUAUCUAAAAAAAAAUUUCCAUAUAGAUAUGAUUUUGAAUGAAUUUUAGAAGAAAAAGAACUUUCCAGAAUGUUACCAACUCGAAAUUGUGGGUUUCUGGAGAAUUUUCGAUCCAUAUUUUUCUUCGCAAUAUUUAUCAAGAUUCAUCUUUCUAAGAGGGCAACAAAUUAUUUCUUGCUUUUGUUAAUGUCAUGUACAUAUAAAAAUAAGUAAUAUCAUUUGUCCUCUGAAACUCGUGUUAAAUCCAUAUUUUUGCGGUUUCUCUGACGAAUAACCUCUACCAAAUCGCCGUUAAUGUUAGGAUUCAAAGCUAUUUUCAUCCCCAUUUUCAAAGUAAAAACCUUGAAAACAACUUCACCUUGCUGGUUGGGUUAAUUUUAGCAUGUGGACAUUAAUUAUUGAUAGAAGAAGCCUGCUCCCGCGUGUAUCUUAUGCAGGAAGUGUGCGGAACUUAUCUUUCCUUACCGGAAAACUUUAUCUUUCUCGCUUUUUCUCUGUGUGAGUGUAACUUCGAGAGAAGGUUUACAGCUAAUAAACUGUGGUUUUGGAAGCGUCAGCAACAGACACUGCAAUGUGUUUGUCAUUGUAAAUGUUAUUUUAUUCUAAAUAUUUCUUUCUUUCCAGUAUUUCUAGCUGUAAUAUUCAUUUUGUUUACUAAUAGGAAAUUGUCAUUGAUGUGUCUGGGGCGAUAACUGGAACAUUCGCUGGCUCCGUUUGCACAUUGAAUACAUUUUAACUGUUUUAUCUUAUUUACACAAGACUGGCGAUAAUAAAGUCGUAACAUUAAAGCGAUAAAAUAGACCAAUUUAGGUGACAGAUUUUGGUGUCAAAUUUAAAACGCCUCUACGCGAUUGGAUCGUGAUGUCAAGAUUUACAAACAUUGCACAGGCUUAAAACAAAGUAUUUAAUUUUUGCAUUUUCGGGCGGUUUCAAAGCGAUGUGUGUCUCUUCCAGUCGCAUUAGGCCCCUCACGAACAGUGAAUCAUUUCAGCUGUGCCGUUGAAGGAAAUGGAAAGUCCUCCUAUGUUCAUACGUGGACAAUCUUGUUCCUUCGCCCAAUUCUUAGAAGAUUUUUCCCAUCUGAAGUAUUAAGACGGCACUUCAAAGUAACAGAGCUUGUAUUUUUGGCAAUUUAUCAAGCUUCGCGUAAGUUUUUGAAAAAGAGAAUCCUAGGGGAAACCUCCACGCUGAGGUGGUCCGACGAAGAUGAUGCUAAGAUUUCAGCGCUACGUUUUGUGUAUAACCUAUUUCACGCAUCUCGCCUGGUCUUCAGAAAGAGUAAGUUGAAAUCAGGAUUGAAUUGUAAUUUCCAAAUUCCAUGUUAGUCAGCAAAGAACUUGUGCACAAAUUUUUACGUUUUCCCGUACAUAAAACUGCAUAGCCCAUCAAAAUGAAAAAGUAUACAAUAUGCUUGAAAUUUUUAAUCAGUAAUGUAACGGCGGUAACCGAGGACAAAUAAGUCUUCUGUCUUCGCCGAUACCCUCACUAGAAGUCUAACAGAAUCCUUCAACUGUUUCUCACAACACUCAGCUUCAAAUUUUUGCGUGGACUUGACAAAUUUAAUUUAAUUUUGCAACCGUUAAGAGUAUUAUUUAUUGAAACAAUUAAUAUUUAAAUCUCCAGUGUUCGUGAUAUGUUGCGGCGUUUAAAAUAAGUUCUCAACAAAAUUUCAUUUCAACGUUAACCACAUUAAACUUAUAUCAGGUUGUAUUUUGGCCAUCAAUUGAUCUCAGUUCUUCUGUCCGUAUUUCCAAUCGAAAAAUCUUUUUUUAAUUUAAUGUUCUGGAGAAAUCCCAAUAUAUAGUUUUCUUUUGUUACCUCUAAUUAUGCAAUUGGCAGGAUCUGUUGCUUUUCCAAAAUCGGUUUUAUUCUGGUUAUUAAUAAAGGGAAAGAGAUUUUUUAGUUAGAGAAAAACGUGAGAGUAAAAAAAGAAUGGAAAUUUGUUUUUAAUAUUUUGGAAGAUUUUGAAUUUGAAGCGUUCUUCACCCUCCAAAAAAUAAAGUCGAAAGAGAUUUUAGCGUUAUAGAUUCGUCGUCCAGCUCUCCUGCAGGAGAACUGACAGCUUUAUUCAAAUAAUUAGUUUGUUUUCAAAAGAAUGAGUUCCAUACAGCUCAUAUACUCAGGAAACCUACAGCUGUGAAAAUUAAAAGCCAUCUUGAAUGAGUUCGUUGUUUUUACCUUUUUUUUUUUUUUUUUUUUUUUGCUUAAUUCAAUUCUAAAAUGACAGAGCUAAGCAGAACGGUUAUACACUGUAACAAAUGUGUCACACUUUAAAAGCAUCUGUGGAGUAAUUACGGUAGCGCCCAAAAAUAUUACCUACAGUAGUAAAUUCUUUUUUGCGGCCGCAAGCAGGACCCUUUCCAAUGACUAAUUACACGAGAAUAACGCUUGAGUGCAGAAUAUCUCCAUUAUCAGCUCUCAUUGUUAUCAGUACUGUUGUGACAGACUAAUUCUCUGAUAUCAAAAGUUAUUUAUUUUUGGCGACGAAUCUUAAUUCAACUAAAGCCUUCCCGUCGUUCUUUUAUGUUUUGUACAUGGAAUUUGUUUUCUGCAUUUUACAACUUCCUUCCACUGACUCAAGACCGAUGCAAGCCAUUGGUGAGAUUUGUUAUUGUCCUCAAAUGUUUCUUACUUGAGUGAGUUACUUAACUUUUAUCUACUAUGGAUUUACUCAUUUUCACCUCCUUUUUUCAAAGACGGAUACCUUUCAUCCCUGAGCAUAAACCAUUGGUCCUAUCUUCGCUUUAAAAGUCGCACUAGUCCUCAGUAUCAAAUAAGUAAAGUCGCUGAUUUAUCCUGAGACCAUUAUUGUCAGCUUAUCGCUCAAGAGUUGUUAUGCAUAAUAAAUUUACUCUAAAUGUUAAACUUGAAUGUAAUUAGUGUUGCUGAGUCUGAUUCGAGUGGAGCGUGACAGGAAAAGGAUUAGUUAUAACUAAUAUUUGCAAAUCGAUCACAAAAUAAUAAACAAAAAUUGCAUCAUUGUGUGGAUAAGGGUAGGUGUUGAAGCUAAAGAAUGGGUAAUUUCUAACUCGGCGAGGCGACCAAACUAGGAAAUUGGAGAUUAUUCAAAUGGUCGGUGGUGUAAUUUAUUAAUUUAUUAUUUCGACUAACUGCUUGAGGAUCUAUCGGCGUUGAACACGGAAAAAUUUUAUCUGCGGCCACCAAGAAGUUUUUGUUUUUUAAUUCAUUUCCGUAUGGAUAAUGUUUAUGAUGGUUAAACGGUAGUCAAAACAAGAGAGCUAAUAGCCUUGCGAUUAAGACUGUUAACACACCAAUUUUGCAAUAUCUAAUAUCGCUCAGGGAUUUAGAACGUUAAAACACGAAUUAAUUUGUGAAAAAAAUCUUCAACGAUUAUACCUCUCAAGGAUCAUUUCCACCUCGAAGUUUUAAUAGGAGAAAUUGUUACCCAGCAACAUUUUCAAUCAAUAAUGGUGAACGCAAAAAAACAUAAUCUCGCUUUCACAGUCAAAGCUUUUAAAUAUUUUACUUCCACGAAAAUAUGAUAAUUGUUUGCGAAAUACCCUUUAAAUGCAAAUUUUUGCUAAUGUUUCUCUUGGGUCCGUUCGAGGCUAUAUUUUAGCUACAUAAUUGCCCAAAGGCUUGAUAAUACGUUUUAUUUAGACAAAGCAGCUGCUGCUUUUAUAGUGGAAAUAGUGCUUAUCGGACUCGAGCUUAGCCAAUCGUAUUCAUGGUUAACUGAUAUAAAUUAUUCGUUUGCUAGGUCUUUCAAACUUGUUUAACACAUGGAAUGAAGUUUUGCUAGAGUAUCCGUUAACAACAAAAAAAUUAAUUUCGUACUGAUAAGAUUAUAUUUCCGAUCGCGUGUGCUUAAGAGAAGAAAAACUUCCUUUUACGAAUUUCAUUAUCAUAUGAAAAGCUAAGAAUCUAAUCCCUGAGUUGAGCACGCUAUUGCUUCGGAUUCUCAUGCGAGCAUUAUUGAUUGUGGUUCUUCAAAUCCUCAAGGUUUGCAUCCAACAGGUAGCCGCUCGAGAGAACGUAAAGAUAUUCGUAACUUUUAAAACUGAAAUCAUAAAAUAUUGUAUACACACACUGCUAAUGGCUGAUGAUCUCCACUGUACGUAGCCAAUGGAAGCUACGGGAAAUAACUACACGUUUCAAUGAGUCAUUCUUACAUGUUUUUUUUCUCUCUCUUUUAGAUCGCGAGCGAUGGAAGCAAGCCACAUAAGUUACAAGGUACUAAUUUAAGUUUACUUUCAACAACAAGACAUAACAUAAGACACAACGGUGUUUAAACUUGAAAAAGCGUGGACCAAUGAAAGAAAAUCAUCAGAAUUCUAUGCAAUUUACGAAAUAUAGGCAACAUGAAAGGUUUUUCGCUCUCGUCUAUUGGACGUCUACCGCAUAACAAUAAAAUACUUCAAAUUACACCGAAAAUUUUUAGCAGGAACAGUGAUAAACCUGUCUGGAGUGACUUUAUUUGUAUACGCGCUAAUCUAAACUCCAGCUAUGUCAAAACAGGUGAAGACGACAGCUUAUUUUUCUAUUUCUUAAACAUUUUUAUUUCAUACGACGUCUUCUUCUCGUAGAUAAUUCUCUUACUAAAGUUUAUGUAGAGAGACCUUAGAAUAAAACAGUAUAAUUAUGGAUUAAUGAUUUGCAAAAGUGAAACUUUAAAUUAAUUUUAAUUUUGCAUUUAAGUUUUCACGAAAGACUAUUUAAAACUGUUUUAAGGCAAAUACUCCGGCUCAGCAAAGUUCUUUUCGAGUCAAUGGAAAUUUAACCAAAAGCAAAGACAUUUGAUAUUAUUGUAUGUUUGAAUGCAAUUACAGAAAAUACUAAACAAAGCGCGAUAUCAUAAAACGCAAAGUUAGCGUGAAGAAAAUUGUAUAACUGUGAUGUUAGUGAUAUUAAUACUUAACAUAAUUUGACUUCAAUCAGUUUCCUGCACGAAUCCCCCAAGAACAAUACUUUUUAUUUCCGCGGAAAAAAAUUUCAAAGAGUUUGUAAACAGAGGCGCGUUAAAAGCAUGCACAUACGCACUAACCUUUGCGUAAAUAGAUGUUACUCGAGUACACUUUAUGAUUAGCGAACACGAUAACGAAUGUACGAAUACAGCAAUUCCUGCUCCCGUGUGUACAGUUUAAUCAAGCGGAGACCAAAGUUUCGAUAUGUCAUGUUGCGAGGGGAAUCGAACAAAAAGAACUGAACAUACAUGUUUAUUCAUUUUCUUUGUGUAUCAUUUAGCCAAGUAAGUGAGAGGUAAAGGGUUAAUGGAUCAAAAAUGGUCAUUCAUCGGUGGUUGGAAGUAAAAAAUCCUAAACCUUAAGCUGAAAAAUUCCUCUUUUUGCUGAACUACCAGCCGUUCCUCGUUUAAACGAGUACACGGUUGUGCUGUAAAUCAGGUAUUCAAUUUAAAAUGCAAUUAUCAAAAAUUCAAAUAUUCAUGAGGGCUUUCAAAGCACACUGCGUACUGAAUACGUCUGAAUCAGUGUAGCGGCGACAAAAUGCUUCAAAAUGAAAAGUUCCACAGGUUACCCAGUAUGUGCUGAAAUUAUCUUAAAACUGCGUAAGUUUGAAAAGACCCGAAGGCGAUCGUUUUUAUAGAAAUUAAAGAUGAACAUUAACAAAUGAAGGCUAAAAAAUCCACACUAUAGAACCAACUUUAAAACACGCCGCCGAAUGAACUCGCCAACGGUGUUCCUUCUCUGAAAACGGGACAAACAGUCCUGGUCCACAUGUUAUCUGUUAACAGUGCCUUGAUCACAUGCAGCACAGCCCUAUCAUUCCGCCAGAGAGCAAAGAGCAAGAGAAAUAAAAAUGAAUUUUUUACAGAUAUUCAUUCCACAUCAAAGCGCAAUAUCUAUGACCUUAGAAGAGUUUUUCCUGAAAGCUCCAGCCAGUUUCAGUUGACAAUUUAUCCCCUCUAUGUCGACAGUGACCGUUGUUGCGUGGAGAGGGCUUGUGCCUAAGUGAAACGUUUUUGCUCACGUUAUUGUGGCCAUUUUUGCAUAUUAAAGAAAAGAAAGAAUGGCACUUCAGACAGAUUUGUGCCAAUAAGAUGGUCAAAGUCUUGUGAAAAAAAAAAUUGAUGACAGAGCAAGCGAAUGACGUUGACGAAAAUUCAUUGUUGAAAAAGAGACAGCAAAUGCCAUUUUUAUUAUCUCCUUCAUAGCUACGUUCAUCAGAAAAACUUUUUACUUAUCGAUAUUUGCUCAGAGAAUUAUCAGGGACGCAUAAGAUUAUCUUUACUCGCAGUCCGAUAGCAAUCUGCAUUAUUGAAUAAAGAAAAUGAUAAAAUUUCAUCUUAUCGUGGUCUGUAACGACAGGCAUAUGUUGAAAAUUCAGUCUAGUAUCAGAAGAAAAUCAUGUUCUAUCUUUUUAUGUUAUUUUUAGCAAUUUAUCUGUGAUUUAGAUGAAAGAAUUAUCUGAAGAACAUUGUCGAGUAUUUUUGGAAACUCUGUAAAAAUAUCGUCAACGAACAUUAACUGCCUUCUCUCAAUUCUUUCCAUUUCUAACCUGUGUCGAAAAUAUAAGUUAUUCUGAAAAUUUCUGCGCGAUAUCCAUGGCACAUACGUAUUGUUCCAAUGAAACGAUUUUAGUUAAAUCUAGAAGCUUGGAUAAGUUUACCAGGCGUUUUUUCAAAAUAAAAUAUAAGAAAAUGGGAAAAAUAACACAGCUGAAGGUAUGAAUUUUGAAAUCAUCUUUCACAUCAACAAAUAUAAUUUUCGCGGUUUUUCUCAUCUUGUUUGAACAAUAAGAAUCGUCGGCUCUUUUUUGACAGACAAUUGCAAACAUCUUACUGUACAAUUUAAUCUUUGAGUCUACAAAUCAUUCAAUGCUAUUCUCUGCCACGAAAAUCCUCGGUUUCACAAGAUUAAGUUUUAUUUGAAUGAACAUACCGAGGCGAAUGAAUUUACCCUAGAAAAUUAUCUCGUCAGGCUUUUUGAAUAAUUCAGCUCUUUAAAUUCUAAAAUUCGCACCCUUGCCCAAAAUCUAAUUUCUUGUUGUCACCAAAAGAUGUAUAUUUGCCCAGCCCAAUUCCGUUAACAAUACAUCAUGAAUGCAAAUAAAUGUCAUUUUUGCACCUCUAGAAAUAAUCAGGCUUCACUAAUGUUUGAACUUCAACUGCGCAAUUUUCCUGUUUUUGUUUUACAAAGCGAAACAUACUGACGAUGAAUUAUUAAAAAUUUAGGUGAAUCUGUAAAGUUCAUUAUUUUGGGCGUAAAGCACGCAAAAGAUUGUCUGAAUUUUGUCGACCAUGAUUCCUACUAUCGGUUUUCUUUAAUUCAUUUCACAUGGCAUAAUUGUAUACUGAAAAAUAGACAUAGAAGUAUGUGGGAUGGUUUUAGCUCUUCCUUUGGAUUCGACGCAGAAUACUUUUAACGGUUGUCUAAACUCUCUAGAAUGAAUCACUUUGACUGCCGCUGUAAGCGAGUUUUCAUCCCAAGCACACUCCAGGGAAGUGUGACUACUGUCACUGAAUAAUCAUUUUACAUUCGUUAUAUAAAGCCAUGCUUUAUCUAAACUCAAUAGGGAAUCUCGUAGCAAAGAUAUAAAAGUCAUGUUAUCAUGCUCAAACGCUUCAAAUCUCGAUUUACAAGCUACUAUAUCAAAUUCGUCGCUACAAGACUAGCUGGGUAUGUUUCUGAAAUGUUCAAAGAGAAUAAUUCCUGUUUCUAAACGAAACGAGAAGAUCUUUAAUUAAUUUCAUCUUAUUAUAUAACGAAGAAGUUUAAAAAGUUUGCAUAUGUUCCAGCAACCCAAUUACAAGCAGGCGGAUAACAAAUCAUAAAUAGAAAAAAUGAAAAUUUAAAAGUCCUGUUUAAUUUCAUACUGGCGCCAAAACAAAACCUUGAGAUCUUCAUACUUCCGCGUGAUAAUAAAACAAAGCGUAGUUUUUGUCAGUUGGGGGUCUUUUCUCUCUCUGUUAUACAGUUAUGUUUCUUAUGCCGUUUAAGUUGCUUAAAAAUUGAUCUUAAACCUUCCUUACCCAUGUAAUACAGAGAAAGUAUUGCUAGGGUUAAAGCGAGAACUGUUGUUUCGAAAAAGUGCGCGUUUCUCGACUUAAAGUGAGCCGAGAGUGGCUCCUACAGUAACGUUUGCCUUGUUUGUAUAAAUAGCUGCACCUGUAACCACAACGUUAUUAAAAGUUUACAUAUACAAGAAAGAGUGCACGUAAAUUUCAAAGUUCGGAUGUUUUAAAUUGUCGAACGCUGACAGAAACUUCGUUACAACUGUUUUUUUAGCAAACAAAUUUGAGAGAAGCGAAUUGAAGACUAUUUUCAGAAAGCUCUAGAAAAACUGUGAAAGUAAUGAAAAUAAAGCAUUUCCUUCUCAACUGAACCUGUCGAUGAGCCUCCAUAAUAGCAAUAUCUUUUAUUUGCAUAACAAUACGGAAGUCUGUUUAAAUAAUUUAGCUCUGAGUGUCGAAAGGUUUUUCUUGAGCAUAGUAUAGUUGAUAGCGUUGCUUGACCGAGGAAGAUGAAAAUCUUACCUUCGCUGAACUUUUUGUUUUCCUUGAUAUCCCUCAAAGCCACUGAAUUGUACAAAAAUACCGUGCAUUACUGGCCUUUUGAAGAAAUCUCCAACAGAAGCGUCAUCGAUUAUACCGGUUAUAACGACGGCCGCUUAAGGGGAAGCUUUAAUAUCAUCUCUGGUAUCGUUGGUGCUGCUCUGGAGAUCUCGGGCAAUAGUUCUUGGGUAGACUUUGGCGUGUUACCAAGUUUGUGCAUUAAUCACCCUGAGACAUGUCGAUCAGGGUUUACAAUCGCUCUCUGGCUCAAAAUUCAAGGUUUCCAAAACAACAGAAUUAUUCUACAAUUAGGACAGCAUCGUUUUUCGCGAGGUUUAACGAUUUGGACGCAAAGGAGUCUGAGAAAGAACAUAGGAUUCAGCACUAACACUUUAGAUCGCAAGUACUACUGGAUGCUAGAAUGGAAGAACGACAACUGGAAUCACAUUGCACUCAAAUGGGACAAUAGAGCCGGUAGUUUGAGGAUUUAUUUUAAUUGCACUUUAGCCAAGGUCGUAAACAAAAGUAAAAAGGCUACGCCUUUGGAGGACAAUAAACCAUCGAGACUUACUUUAGGAGCAAGCCAUGCGAAAAAAAGUCAUAUGAAAUUGAUGGUUGACGAAUUUGCCAUUUGGAACCACACUGUGUCAGAUGACCUACUGUGCAAGGUGUUCAGAAUUCGCUCAGGUUAGUGCGCCCUUUUGUUUCGUUCACCAUCUUAAUGAAAAAUUAUCCAAAUAAACUUCUUUAGUUUACAAAACCUUCCCGCUGGGGUUGUUCGGUAAAGAUGUUUGUACUUGUUAGCUUCCAAUGUGAAUUUAAUGAAAGUUUGCGUUUCUGUAUUUAAACGUGUAAAUGGUGUGGGAGGCAGGUGAAUGCAUAACUGUAGAAGUUUUUAAUUCAACAAAUGCUGAAUAGACCACUGCUGAGUUGUUUUGUUUUGUUUUUACUCGUGAAGAUCAAUUUCUUCGUCGUUAAAAGAGAUGCCUCUCAACUCAAACAAAAAAAAUUUGUGAAUCCACUGGGUAGAUUUGCCCCCCCCCCCUUCCCUCCCUCCCUAAAAAAAAAAAAAAAAGAAAACGGACUAAUUUAAUUUUUACCUGGAUGGUUAUAACAGUCUAUAAUCAGGGCUGCAUAUGUUUUACUUCAUCGUCACUUAGAAAAUUAUUGCUAUUACACACUAAAGAGUACUUUGACUUUUUUAAAACUUCAUUCUCUUUAACCAGACAGUCUAAAUAUCAUUUUAUAUUUAUUUGUAAUAAUCACGAACGUUGGCGCAUGAAACCUUGAUUAAACUGUGUGCAAAAUCAACCAACAGCACCAUAACAUAAGUGGAAGUAACCCACUCUUUCAAGAAGGUUAACACUGACAAUGAUUUAAUUAAUGUCAUAUAUUUUACUUGGUAAAGCCCGUUGAUACAUCCAACAGUUCUACCUGACCAAUAAAAAAGUUAUCUCAAGACCAAUACCAGUGAAUCCAAUAGCACGCUCAGGAGUACCUCAACGUUGUUAAUACCUCAUGCAUUUUAGCCAGACAGUCUGCUUUUUCAUUUCCAUUCAGUUGUAAUUCUCUGUAGCGUUGGCUUAUAAAACCUUGAUUAGACUUUAUGGAAUCAUCACAUGAGUAAUCCACCUUUCCAAGAAGAUCUCAACAAACCAUGAUUAGUUGCAUCACAUCGAACAUCAAUUUCUAACGCUGUUAAUCAUAACCAUUACAAAUUCCUCAAAUAUCAUUGGUGCAUUCACAACUUCAUUUUUAACUCGUGAAUUGCGCGCAUGCGCAAGAGCGAGUUGUAGAUAUGAUGUGGAGAAUGGCACUCGCUCGCUCGCUCGAUUGGUCGAUUCCUGUAAACUUUUUUCGAUUUUAGGCUUUUGAAUGCAUUUGAUAGUUUUUGGCGAGUAAUAAACAAACGAAAUGGCGACCUUUGUUGCUAAGAAUAGUGGUGGGGUGAAAAAGAAGCCAAUGAUUAUCUUAAAAGAGUUUGUUUUUUUUCGUUUUAGUCUCAACAAGCGGCGCCAGCGACUGGCAGGCGUGCUAGGAUUCACACUGAAAUAAGAGAACAACCUUCGUUUUUCAUAAAAUUGUAAUUUACAACCCUUGAACUUGAAAACAAUCCGAAGAUUCAUUACAAAUAUCACUUACUCCGAAGCGCUCGGAGCUUACAGGUGUUCAAAAGCUUUUUCUGUUAUGGCGUGAGAUUGGGGACAAAAUCGAUCAUUACAUUUCGUAUCGUGUGUUUUUUCUGUGUGAAGCAACAAAGGUGCCGGCGACUGAAGAAAUUACAGGUUAACACGAAAAUCAAAUAACACCUAAACAAAUAAUUUUGGCUACCGAUUUUCAGUGAAUUUUUAAAGAAAAAUUUUCUUUUAAUAUAAGUUUCAAGACAAUUUGAAGAUUCAAAAUAAAUAUUACGUACUAAAAUGCGAAAGUUAUACACCACAAAAUUAAUAAAUAGGCCUGAAAUGAAAUUCUAUUUUGUUCUCAAUUAUACGUUGCCUAGCAAGUGACCAAAAUCUACCCAGGCGGAAAUCCAAAAUGACGGUGGCAGUCUGGGCUCAGUUAUAUCACUUAAAACUCGUUCUCGUUUGUCUCAUUUGAUAAAGAGGGAAUCAUCAACGUUUUCCUUAAGACAGUAUUGCCUUGAUUUUCCAAUAUUUACAAUGAUAGACAGUCAAUUUCACUUUUCACCCACAUUUACUUCCAACCUUUUCUUUUGAAUCAGAAACAAAAAUGAUAUAUGUUUAAAACACGACAUCAUCCACCUUGUCAAAUGUAAUAGCAUGAUCAUUGCAAUGGUAAUGCCUUCUUAUCCCAACGUUACUUUGUUUCUUUGCUACAUUAGCGAACACUGAACUACUGCUCGUACUCUAAAUAUGACAAUCAACCACAAAAUUCCCUAAACCAGACACAUUAAACAUAAUGCAAAAUCAUGUAAGUCAUCUGUCAAUUCACGAGUUUGCUCACAGAGCCCUUUGAUUAAUUUAUCAUUUGUUAAUCACUCGCAUGAUUGCAGACCGAAUUGGAGUCCACUUAGUCCUAUUAUCAUCGUUAACUGAUUUGUUCACAAAAUAUAUCAACGAAUAACUAGGCAGAUAUAUAACUAAGUGAAUAAAUAGAUAACAAACAAUUGAUUAACCGAAUAAAAAACUGAGCAAACAUCUUAAACGUAUAAAGCCGUUUGUGCGUUUUACUGAUCAUUACGAGUUUUCGGUGUCUCCUGUCUUUUGGUGGAUUUUUUUUAUUAUUGCUUUUAAUGUGGCUGUUUCACUUUGGAUUUCUGUUAAAGGCUCAUCACGUUACAAAGUUAGAGUAACAAAAUUAUAAGAUUAAUCCAUUCUCUAUAGCCUUUAGACAACUUGUAGUGUAAACAGGUUUUAUGACUUUUUAGUUAAGAGAGUAAGUUUCUAAAAACAAUGAGGUGUUGCGUCUGUAGAAGAGUAUUGCAGGAUAGUUUGUUUUUAUCCUCAAGGUUGAUAAUGUAAACUGGCCACCAUAAACAGUUUCUAUAGCUAACGUUUCGAGCGUUAGACUUUCGUAACAGCUUCAGACACUCUUCACUGUGGCCAGUUUACGUUAUCAACUCAGUUGAUAAAAUCAAAUUAUCUCAAAGAAAUUUGUAGAUUUCUCGUGCAAAAUUAACGUAAUUCUCUCUUCUUCCUUCUAGUGGAUAAAAAUUACAGUGAGUGGUCUGAUUUUAGCCCUUGUUCAGUAUCUUGUGGUAAUGGUACGAUGAAACGGACAAGGAACUCUAGCCUACCAUUACCAACAAAUCGUGAUCAACACAACUGUUCUUUUAUUGGACCCUCCGAGGAAGUAAAGUCAUGCUUUUUACGGGAAUGUCCGCUGGACGAAAACUAUUCACAAUGGUCAGUCUUUAACAAUUGUAGCAAGACCUGUGGUGGCGGAAUCAAGAAAAGAAGUAGGACUUGUUCAAACCCGGAGACUGGACUCGGUGGUAGAAAUUGUUCUAGUCUAGGAUUGACGAUCGAAGUUAAAAACUGCAAUACACAACCUUGUCCUAUAGAUGGAGGGUACAGUGAGUGGACGGAGUUUUCACGAUGUACAGUUUCUUGUGGAAAUGGAACGAGACAUCGAACUCGAAGUUGUUCCCGUCCACAACCUAAAUAUGGUGGGAGGGACUGUGCGCAUUUAGGAUCAAAUAUAGAAAUUUCGAUUUGCAACAAUACUUUUUGCCCGACUCACGGGAGCUUUAGCGAAUGGUCAACGUUCAGCAAAUGUACAAGAACAUGCGAUAAGGGUAUUCAAAAGAGGUCUAGAAAAUGUUCUAAUCCCGAGCCGAGCCAUGGAGGAAAGAAUUGCUCGAGUUUGGGAGCACAUGUAGAGACAAGGGUAUGCAAUACUCAACAUUGCCCAAUAAAUGGUGGAUUUACCGAGUGGACGAGAUGGGGUGAAUGUAGUAGGUCAUGCGGAGUUGGAAUUAAAAACAGAACGCGAUCCUGUAGUAAUCCUAUUCCUAUGUAUGGCGGAAAAGAGUGUGAUGGAUAUACAAUCAACUUUAAAGUUUGCAAUAUUGAUCUGUGCCGGGUUGAUGGAAACUAUUCUUCAUGGUCAAAGUUUAGUGCUUGUAGCAAAAGCUGUGCUGGUGGUAAAAUGAAACGAACAAGAACGUGCACUAAUCCACCUCCAGAUAAUGGAGAGGAUUGUUCGCUGCUUGGUUCAGCGAUAGAAAUUAGAAACUGCAACACUUUUCCAUGUCCAAUAAAUGGUAAUUAUUCAUCGUGGUCUAACUUCAGUUUGUGUAGUAAAAGUUGCGGUAAUGGUACGAUGGAAAGAACGAGAAAUUGUUCAAAUCCAGAGCCAAAACACGGUGGCAUGAAUUGCUCUUACUUAGGCCUUCCAAAGGAGGUAAAAGGUUGUAACGCAUUUCCUUGUCCGAUACAUGGUAAUUUUUCUUCCUGGUCACUUUUUAGCGUUUGCAGCAAAAGCUGUGGAAAUGGGAAAAAGACCAGAACUAGAUCAUGUUCAAAUCCUGUUCCAAAACAUGGUGGUAAAAACUGUUCUGCGCUUGAACCUCUAAAAGAGGUGCGUAGUUGUAACACCUUCCCCUGUCCUGUUCAUGGAAACUACUCGCCUUGGUCAAAUUUUAGCAGUUGUUCUAAAAGUUGUGGUAAUGGUAAAAUGGUACGAACACGAAACUGUUCAAAUCCUACGCCAAAGCAUGGUGGAAGAAAUUGUUCAUUGUUUGGGCUCUCGGCAGAAGUUCGAAGCUGUAAUGCAUUCCCCUGCCCAGUUCACGGAAAUUAUUCGACGUGGUCCAAUUUCAGUGCAUGUAGUAAAAGUUGCGGAAAUGGGACAAUGUCACGAUUUAGAAACUGUACCAAUCCGAAGCCUCGCCAUAAAGGAAAGAACUGCUCUUCGUUAGGGGCCCCAGUAGAUAUUCAACUUUGUAAUGUUUUUCCGUGUCCGAUACACGGCGGAUACACAGUUUGGGGAAACUUUACGCAAUGCACGUUGUCAUGUGGUAAUGGCACCAUGUAUAGAACAAGAAACUGCUCCAAUCCCGCACCUCGACAUCGGGGCGAAAAUUGCUCAAAACUUGGACCAGCUGAGGAAAUAAGAGCAUGUAACGAGCAUCCUUGUCCAAUACACGGUGGCUACACCCAGUGGUCGGAGUUCAGUCAAUGCUCGACAAGCUGUGGCAAUGGCACUCAUCGGAGAACGAGGCUAUGUUCCAAUCCAGCGCCAAAAUUUGGAGGUAAAAACUGCUCUCUGUAUGGUUUGGACAUCGAUGUCGAAAGUUGUUAUUUGAUUCCGUGUCCUUUAGAUGGUGGAUAUAGCACGUGGUCAAACUUCACUGAAUGUACCAAAUCAUGUAACGUCGGAAGACAUACUCGAACUCGGCAGUGUAACAAUCCUGUUCCUAAACACGGUGGGAAAGAUUGUUCGAGCCUUGGUCCAGAGACAGACGUAAAAUUAUGUAAUACAUUCCCCUGCCCCAUCCAUGGGGGAUACAACGAGUGGAGUGGAUUUGAGUCAUGUACACGAACCUGCGGAGGAGGAAAGCUCAUAAGGAGACGUUCCUGCAUCAAUCCGCCCCCCGCACACGGAGGAAGAAAUUGCAGUAGCCAGGGUCCGAGUAUUGAGUCCAAGUCAUGUAACACGCAAAAAUGUCCAGGUACGUUUUCCCUUUUUCUGCGGGUUAUUUGAUAAACUUAAGGUGUCACAUCUGAUUCUAAAAAUUAAUUCCAAAAUAAAAGUAUGUAUCUCCCCAAAAGCGUUAUACCUCGUCCAUGAAGAGACUGCGAAUGAGGCUGUAACGUCAUGAUCAGUUUACUAUCUCGUUUGGGGCAACUCAGUGUCACCUUGACAGUUACGUUACCGAUGCAUGACCACUUGAUAUUGUCAAGGGAUAACGGCAUAAUCUGAGAUCGAUUGACCUUUUUGUUGUCUUCAGCUACCGUUUCAGACACUCAGGAGUUACAAAAUACUUAAGAAAAGCUGAGCAAGCUCAGUAUAAAAAUUAAAAUGAUAGGCUUCACUCAUGACCGUAACGAGACUUUGAACAGUAACUUCUCUAUACGUCAUUUAGUCUUCCGCUAAAAAUCCACCUCAAGCCUUUUCUGAUGUAACUUUUGCAUAAGACCCAUAAAUUUUUAUGGAAUGAAACAACUUUGUUACUGGAAACUAUUUCCUCAGAUAUUGUUUUCAAGAUAACAAUAAACUUGACGUCUGAGAAAUGGGACCCAACUUUAGCUGCUAGAAAAGGCCGGAGCUUUGACAGGCUGACGUUAAAAAUCCAUUAUGGGGUAAGUGAUUGAAUUUCGCAUCAUUACACCAUUCCAUAGUUUUGAUUAGAUCACUUUCAAGUGCGGUUAGGACGACUCUUCCGUGGUAGUAUAGGUCAUAAUUUAUCCUUGUUGUACGUAUUGCGCGCCACCUAGAUACUAACUGCUCACGGAAGAUAUAUGUCUAAAUCUGAAACGUGGCUGACUAAUCAUUUUAGUAACCUUCAAAGUUGAAGAUUAAACGGGAAAUUUCUCUUUCUGACUAGGUUAAUUUUAGGCAGGAACAAAUUCUAAAAAGUUAGAAGAAGAAGCAAAAGUAAACCUAACAAAACAACACUUUUCACAAUGAAUCACAACGUAGCAAACAUUGAUGGUUUCUUUUAGGUUAAAGCGAUUAUGGGAGAAUGGGCAGUAUCUGAUGUUGGAGAUUUCACCUUUAGGUAGGAAACUAUUGGUUUUUUUUUAAAUUUUUUUCUUUUGUGUUUUUUAGAGAAAUUUGUCAACUGAUAUUAACCAUGUUUGGAACUUGAGAUGCAAACUACUACGUGGUCAAAGCUGAUCACAGAAAAACAAAAUUAUUUAAAAAAUAAAAUUAUUUGAUCCUACGGCUACAUACCUGUUGACUAUUUCAAUUUAUUCAUUUCUGUCAGACUUCUCCGUUAAAAUUCAAAAUUUUCCUGUUAGUCGAUCGCGGACUUGUUUGCCUUUCCUCUCCUUCCUUAAUGUUCUCCGUCCGUUGCUUUCUUCCCGAUGAGUUCCCUUCUUCCCUGGUUUUCUUGGUCUUUCGAUCCAUUUCUUCGUUUCUUCUUAUUUACUGUUUUUCGUUUAAAGACACGGAAGCGUCAUCGCAGAUUUCUCUGUCAGCCUAUUUCACCAACCCUACCAAGGAAUUACCGCUCUUCAAGAUGCCAUCAACAUCGACAGAAAAAUAGAAAAUACACUAACGGUCUCACCUGUAAACCUCACUUCACCGGAUGGUAAGGGUUAUCUAGUGUCACAAAAGCAGUUAUGCACAUUUUCCCUCAGCCGCAGCUCGUCUUCAUGUUGAAGAUUCGUGAAAUUUGCUAAGAAAGUAUCCUGACAAGCAGAAUAAGGAAGAUGGUUAGUUUGAGCUCCGGAGUAAAAUAAUAAAAGAUGUUUUUAAGUGCUAUCUCUUGCGUCCGCGUGAGGAAUUGAGCCUUAGACUUUUGAAUUUCGCACUCCAUUGCUCUCUACAACUUAGAAACAAGACAGGUAGAUAUGUGUUACUUUUUUUUGCCACAGAAUCAAACAGAUAAAGACAACAUACACUUGUGAACCUAAUUAUGAAGGAUAUUCAGUCCAGGGAAGCCGUUUUCUUUAAUUUUUGCUGUUUACGAAAUGAUCUUCAACUUACCAAAAACAACCGAUCAUGCUAAGUAAAUCUUUUUUCGGUAAACGCUGUACUAAACAUUAAUCAUUUCCGUUGUGUUAUUUUUGUAGUCCCAUUUAUGGCACCAGUCAACAUCACCGCUAUUAACUCAAGCUCCACCUCAGUUCUCCUAACAUGGCUACCAAUUCCGAACGAGUAUUCCAAUGGUCCAAUUCUGGAAUACAGAGUUACUUUCUGGGAAUUAGGAAGUGAUAACUUAGAAAAAAGGCUAUGGAAGAAGGUAAUCGACGGGGAAAGACUGUCCUCACAUGUGACUAACUUGGAGAAGUUCACCACCUACCAGUUUAGAAUGGCAGGUGUCAAUCAUCGAGGAGUCGGAGUGGACAGUGAACCAAUUGAAACAAAAACAGAUCAAGACAGUAAGUACUAAUUACCUCAUUUAUACUACUGUUUUUUCAUUGAUUAAAAAGUGUCACUCGUUUCUUAUAUCUAGCCAGCUCUUACACAAUUCGAGUUAAGUUGAACAUUCUGCAAUUUUAAAGCCAGUAGAAACCAGAAUAGCGGAUUUCACUCGUUAAGUUAUAAUCCCUCUAUCACUUCGUUUGUUGAAAAUUAGUACCUCAAUAAAUCAUUCAUAGACUUACUUUGUCUCUACUGAUAUAUCUCUCAACAAAGUUACGUUGAUCAUUAUUUUUUUUGUAUCGUCAGACAUGUUUAUGAACAAUUUCUCCCCUUGGUGCUUUAAAAUGGAUUGUAUCUCAGUAGUUAGGAGUAGUCUCAAGUUAGGAUCAAGUGCAAAUAUUGCUAUUCAUUUAAAGCAGUAUUUUUCAGUUUACUUGUGUGAUUUAAGGUUAAAACGCGUUUAAGUUUUUUGUGUGUGUCGCUAGCUUCCGUAGGCUGUUGCUUUCACCUGAGUAACCAUGGUUGGUAUACCCAAUCACCAUAAAUUAAGCUUUGCACGCAGAGUGAAAUUUACGAAGUCAAAUUUUCUUCAUUUGAUGCUCUCUUCAGAGCCUAGUUCAUCGCCUUGGGAUGUAAAAGCCAGUAACAAAAGCAGCACAACCAUUUACGUUAAUUGGUCUCCGAUCCCCAAACAGUUCAUUCAUGGAAUUCUAUUGGGUUACCAUGUUCAUUACACUAACUUGGAUCCUAAUGGAUACGAAGACGUCAUUACUCGUACAUACCCGACUGAACCAACCAGAACCUGGGCUCUAAUUACAAACCUGCUUAAGUUCACAUCAUAUCAGAUUCAAGUCAGCGCUUUUACAAUUAAAGGAGACGGGCCACUGUCGGAUACAAUCUUCGAGCGGACACAGGAGGACGGUAAGAAAUAAAUAUCAAGAAAUAUAGUAAGAUAAGAGAAAAAUUCCUAGAGAUACGACUGACACUUAUUCUGGUGUGCAACAAAGCGGGAUUUGAGGACGUGAAUCAAAUGGCGCAUUUGAAGCUGAGUAAAACAGGACCUUUUCCUCAAUUUCAAUCUUUUACGUCCUCCUUUUAUGGCGAUAUUUGAACCUCUUCGGUCCCCACCAGAGAAUUGGAAAUUAUGAAUAAGAUUCUUGUGCGUGAUGCCCCACUUUUAUUGGCAUAACUUCAACUUUUGACGAUAGUUUUUUUUUCUUAUGUUCCUUCCUCGCUUUCUUUCAGUCCCUAGCCGGCCCCCAGGAAAUAUUAAAGGCAACAAUCUUACAUCCACAAGCAUCGUGAUCCAGUGGAACCCAAUCUCCUCGCGCUAUGCACACGGUGUUCUCCUGGGUUAUAAAAUAUCUUAUGUAACAGCAGACGCCCCGAAUAAUCGAACAUGGAGCGAAACUGUAGUCAACCAGUCAGCAACGUCAGCGGUUAUUGCCAAUUUACGCAAGUUCACAACGUACAUGGUAUCUGUUGAAGGUUUUACCAGCAAAGGAAGUGGAAUUGAGAGCAAAUGUGUGGCAGUGACCACGGAUGAAGACAGUAAGAUAAUGACUGUAUAUAAAGCUGCAUAUGCAAGUUUAACUCGAUGAAUUUCCGUUUGUAAGUUGUCCUCGGCGGUUAAGAUGAAAAAAAGCAGAAACUUUCUUUGCCGCGUUCCCUUCCCCAAAAAGGACUACGGCGUUCUGAAGCGAAUAGGCAAAACGCAUCCAGACCAUGUCAGAUUUGAAUGUUUGGACUGCAACAACAAUUAAUACACAAGAAUAUCAUAAAAUAUAUGCAUGUAGUAUAAAUUUAUACAUUUAUACAUAUAUCAUCUUGCAACAUCUAUAACAGAUAUAUUCGCAAGCUCCUGACUAAUAACGAAAGCACUACAACUAGGAAAUAUAUAAAUAGAAAAAAUAUACAUAUAAAUAAAUAAAUAAAUCGAAAAAGGUAAACAUCACACUACCUUAGAUAAACUAGCAACUACAGACCAUAGCUGCAAAUUUUAAAAUACUUCAGCAGACAUGGUAAUCUCUACGUUAACUUUUGCAGGACCCGAUACCUUCCCUGCCAACGUCACCGGUUUCAACAGAAGCUCCACCUCUCUGUUUCUUGAGUGGAAACAUAUCCCUCCACAACACAGAAAUGGCAUUCUCCAGGGCUACAAGAUUUCAUAUUUCUCUAAUAGCUCUUAUGAGACAGUCUUGCAUCAGACAGUCCACGGUUCAAGGACGUCGACUACCCUUGAGAACUUGAUGAAAUUCACGUGGUACGUCAUCAGAGUGGCCGGGUACACCAGUAAAGGACUCGGUCCUUCACCUCUACAACCUUUAGUGAUAAGGACAAGUGAAGAUGGUAAGUCACGUGACUCGUUCUACCUCACUUCGCUUUCAGUAUUAUGCGUUUCUUCACCGUACUUUCUUUUUUAAAGUUUAAAAAAUGUUUAAAAAAAAGAAAAAAGGACAACGGCACAACAAAAUAUAGAUGGCUAAGGGGUACGAUUUGAGUUCCCUGUUCAUUGGCGUUCACCAAGAGAUCACAAUCUCUUGCCUUCACCUGAGUAGGUUUUAGGCGCAGAAUAGUUUUAUCCGUGAAGUGAAAAGUUAGAAACGCCAAGACCGAAUGAUUAAGAAUAUCAUAGUAUCGAUAAAUAAGGCUAAACUCAUUCACUGAAUUGAACUCGUGAAGGUAUUAGACGCCUUUACUGGCUUUGUUCUUUUGUCUUUUUUUAUCAGCGAUCAGUUGAAGGUACUCUUUGGAUACUUUACUCUGAAAACUGUUUAUAGCCAUGCUUGUAUUCGCCUGUGAUUUCCUUGUAAAAAAAACCGGGUAUCCUAAGGAUUUCAUGUGAUCGUGCUAUUGGCAAUCAGCGUCCAGCACGAUCUGGCUUGGCUUGCAUGAGACUUUUCACUGCACUUCUUGACCAACCAAUAUAAAUAAAAGCUAACGUAUGACAUUAUUGUUAAGUUCCUAGUAAACCUGUGAUAAAAUUAAAAGCUCGUAACACAAGCCACACGAGUCUCCUUGUGGACUGGAAAGACAUACCACGUGACAACGUCCAUGGGAUACUAUUGGGCUUUAGAGUGCUGUUCUGGCGAUUCAAUGAGUCACGUGACACGUAUGAGAUCAGAGAGGUUCUUCCUGAUGAACGAUCCGUCCAUCUAAAAGAUUUGUGGAUUUACACCAAAUAUAAAAUACAAGUUCUUGGUUUCACGGCUGCUGGCGAAGGUGCUGUUAGCGAGGAAAUCGAAGUCUCAACUGAUGAAUACGGUGAGUUUUUGCCUUUAACUUAGAUCCACCUAACUUUGUUGAGGCACAUCUCUCUCGGCGGUUUCAUAGACAGAUGAAAAAGAAAGAUAUUACAAGUGUGUCUAUUCAUCGAUGUUCUCCGAGUACAUUAUGUACCUGAGAUCAAUUUCUAUUAGGCAAAUGCGAAUGUGAUUUUCAGUCCGCAAAGGCGAGCGAAAAUCGUAUAUACUGUAGUUCUAACCAAAAACCAGCUUUUGGCGAAACGGUUUCUCGGUGAUGUACUUAGUAUGAUUUAAUUUCCGUCUGGUCAAAGGGUAGCAACAUGGAAAGUUACGAUAAGUUGAUAACGACCCGUUGCUCUAAGUAAUACAGCAAGAAACCAUCUUCAAAGAAGGAGAAUAAUUGCCUUCCUUUUCUCGGUUUUUCUUUGCUUCUCUCCUCUUUCCCUUUAGAAGAAGCUACUUACGAUUUUCGAAGAAUAUUGGAAAUUGACUAUGUGUGAUGAGUAAUGAGACAUGUAAACCUCUCCUAACUAGCUGAUCAUUCGAAGAGCCUGAAUGCUUGCCAGCAAGAUUUUCUUCAACACUCAAAGUUGCUCUCAAAGCUUCUUUUUCCAGCCUUAUGCUUUUUUAAUCGGACAAUCUCUCAGACCCUGGCAGUAUCUUUCGAUAUAUCAGCCUCUUGUGGGAGUUUUUCAAUUCAAGUGAUGUAUUUUCUCUCAAAAAAAAUUGGAACAUCUUUCUUUCUUGCACUAGUUCCCAGUCAAUCUCCUGUCAAUGUUCAAGCGAUGAACAAGACAAGUCCCACAAAAAUCGAGGUACAGUGGAAACCAAUCCCAGAUGAAUUUUACGUCCAUGGUAUACUGCGUGGUUACAGAGUACUGUACAAGGCGAUAGCCACUGCAGACGAGACGCCAGAGGAAGAGUCGGAAACUAAGAUAGUAACAGUAUCAAGCUCAAGCUUGUCUGCUGUUCUGGAAAAUUUGGAUGCAUACACCCGAUACGAGAUCGAAGUUCUGGCAUUUACCAUCAAGGGAGACGGGGUGAAGAGUGAACCUAUACGAGCAGGUAUUUUACAAGAUUUGUAAUCUUCCUUUGCAACCUUGAGUGCCUUUGCAAUUCAUACUUCUAUUCAGGCUUCCUUUUUGAAAAUUUUUAAAUACAACUCACUCCUAGAGGAUCAUUUCAAUGCUUGUAUUCAGUUAGCAGGUCAAAACACUACUUAUCGCAUUUUUAAAUGUAAUUUUCAGGGAUUAGCAUGCAGAUUUUUAUUUCAACCUGUCAAGAGACGUAGGAAAACCUAAGCUGUUAAGAAGUAAAUCCGAUCCCCCAUCACGAGCUCAUGAUCGACUAAAAAACAUUUUACUUCCUUUUGUUUCCUUCCAGAAACGUGUAACUGCUACAGCACUGUCUUCUCUAAUUGGUGGAUCAACCCGCCUUACGUUGACAGCCCCGAUUCCAACAAGAGCGGCAUCAUCACUCCUAUCCUAAAAGAAUCUGUUUAUUCCUGCUGUGGGAACUGCUCUGAGCAUGGAACCUCACGAAUAGACUUUGAGUACACUGCCUCUCUACGUCCUGCCAGGAAAUCAGGGCUUGUUCAGUUCAAGAACGGCUUUGAGGAGAAAACUGAGCUUCAUUUUCCAGUCUAUGGCUUCAUGGAUCAGACUCGGUUUUCAGACAAUUACGGAUUUGUUCCUUUCGUCCAGUCGCCAGGCUUGGCACUGAUCAUAAUCGGAGAUAAAAAGGGAACCGCUGCAAAUCUACUGCUCAAGUCACUGGCCUUUUGUUUCCCAGUACUCUUUUUGUCCAUUGCCAUGCUAUGGGUGUCCAGUUUGGCCAUGUGGUUUGUGGUGAGUAAUCUCUUUGUCACCCACCGCCAUUUGUGUACAACAGCAAUUUUCUAUUUUGCCGUUUCUUCUCCCUCGAGAUAUCAAAGCCUGAUGACAAAGCUUCUUUUCAAUUUUUCGGUAGAACAAAAGAACACGAACCGUUUUUCAUACUUUUCAAGAUAUACUGUGUUCUGUUUUACUUCCAAAGGAAACUGCAGCUAAUGAACGCCACUUUCCUCGCAAUAUUCUACAAGGAAGCUGGGAAGCGAUGUGGUGGGCGUUUGCUUCCAUGACAACUCUCGGGUAAGACAACUAUGACUGAUGAUCUGAAUAAAUUGAUGGAGGAAAUAGGGAACGAAUACAGGAAUAAAUGGGCGAGCGAGCAAGUAAGAGAGUUAAUGCCAGGAUGACUGAUUGACUGUGGAUUGACUGUCUGACCAACCGGCUUCCUGACUGACUGAUUGACCGUCUGGCUAACGGACUGAACGACUAACCAACAGAUUGACGGACCAAACAACGAAAUAACAAACCGAUUGAUUGACGGAACGCCAAACUAAUAGAAUGAUUCGUAAGGAAUUUCAAAGCUGACGUUUCAAGCGUUACCCCUUCGUCAGAGCGAAGGGCUAACGCUCGAAAUGUCGGCUUUGAAACUCUUAACAGUGGCCAAUUUACGUUAUCAACUCAGUUGAUAAUACUAAAUUACCCUGUUAUACUCUCCCACCGAUAAAGCAUCUCAAUUUCUUUAGAAACUUAUCCCCUUUAACACAAUGGUCCACCGAUCAAACUGAUCGACUUGUGAAUAGAUCAGAUGCACAUACAACAAGUAGACAAUUUGUUGUAACGUUAGUUGGAAACAAUUUACUGUUAGGUCGAUCUGUCUGCUUUUAAUUGUGCAACUGCUUUCGUUCUUAUUCGGUAGGUACGGUGAUCGGAUUCCAAGGACUCCGUUUGGUCGCCUGGUGUGUUUAACUUGGAUCCUUUUAGGCGUCAUCAUGGUGACUUGCUUUAACUCUACCAUGACAACACUGCUGACCGCGAGAAUUUUGGACAAAGAAGUUAAUUUAUAUGGAACCAAGGUGUGCAUAAAUUUUUACACAAUUGUUUUCAUUUUUCUCAUCAAAAAGAAAACAAAUACGUGAAGAAAAUUUUUUUUCUUUUUGUUACAUUGACCUACCCGUUUUGAACAAAAAACAUUUUUGGAAUCAAGUGUGCAAAAGAGCAGUUAAGAAGAACGCUUCUUGAGAGAACAGCGAAAAACCUUAUAGCAAAACCUACCAAUUAAUUUAUACGCACCAGAUUAAGGACGACAAACUACUCCCUGCUUGACCCUUAAGGUGACUUCCUCUCAGUUUAUUCGAAACUUCUUCCAUUAUUGAUUCUUUUUGGAGCAUCCCUAAUUUAGACGAUCAUAUUACGCAAGCGGUAUGUCAAAUAAAAAGUAAUGAGAGUAUCUGGCGUUGAGGGCGGAAUGAACGUUGACACAUUUCGAAACCAUUUGUAAAGAGCCGACCAAACUCCGUUUAGAAAGAAGUAUCAAAUAGCAUCUAGCAUUAAUUUUUUUACAUUAGUUCGAAACAUUCCAGAUAUAUAUAUAUAUAUAUAUAUAUAUAUAUAUAUAUAUAUAUAUAUGAGAGGAAAAAAGGACGCAACUACAUUUCCCGACAAGCCUGUUUCGUGAAUCGCUUCACUCUUCAGGGGUUUUUUAAGCGAUUCACGAAACAGGCUUGUCGGGAAAUGUAGUUGCGUCCUUUUUUCCUCUCAUAAUAUUUAUUCUGCUCUGCUUCAACGUAUUGAGCACUGUUCCACGCGAAAAUCGACUUGCAGACUUCCAAUAUAUAUAUAUAUAUAUAUAAAUAUAUAUAUAUAUAUAUAUAUAUAUAUAUAUAUAUAUAUAUAUAUAUAUAUAUAAGUAUCGUUUGUUUGCAGAUUGCUGCAAUUCAGAAUUCAUCCGGGUAUCGUAUUGCUAUCAGGAAAAAUGCCCGAGUCAACCCCGGUGGUAAGUGAUAUUUUUGUAAAUGAUGUAUCUGUGAUGAGCACUUUGGUGUUGAUCUAAAAUGACAUUUCACUAAAUAAAGGUACUUCGAUGUUAAGUUUGACAGCAGGAAGCCAGAUCCUCCACUUCUUUUCAAACUUGAGUCAUUUAACUAAGUUCUCUAAUUAUUAGAAAUUCAGAAAGAAGUUUUUCGUUGCUGAUCCUAACAGUAAGCAGGAAGCGUGUCAUAUGAACUUCGUAAUAGCCCUCACUCACCGUGGAGCCUUUGUGGCUCAGUGGUAGAGUAUCAGAGCGCGGAAUCCGAAGGUCUGAGAUACGAUUCCUCAUGGAGACUCAGAAUUUGUUCUUUGUCCCACGCUCGAAACAAGACGAAAAACAUCUUUCUCUAUUUCUUUACCGAGCUCAAAACUUACCAUCUUUCUUGUUCUAUUUAUAAGAAGUUGUUGAAAUUCAACCUUCUAAAAAUCUAACCUCCUCGGCUCUGGGUAAUACGUAUAGAAAAGGCCAUCGCUCUUAUUUCUCAUAACCCACGGUUUUUGUUUAUGAUUAGGACGAUCACAAACACAACCUCAAAUAGAACUAUUUAGGAUGUGCGUUUCUAGUUAAUCCUGAACUUUCUUUGAAAUAUCUUAAAUUAACUGGGCUUCUUCCCCUAGGCAAGGAGUACACUAAUCUGCAAGAAGUUUACGAAGCUCUAACCAGUCGAGAGGUAAAAGGAAUGCUUAUCGAUGCAUACACGGUAGGGAGUAAGAAACAUCUAUUUAAUCGACGGGAUCUACGCAUCAGUAAGCUACUGGACUACUCGGCUGCAUACGGUGUGGUGCUAGGAGGAGAGGCCAAGAAGAUACAGAAGUGUCUUCAAAAAUACGUCAACGAGCAGCGCUCUGAGAUAUCCAAGAUUGUGAAGAAUAACGUGCAAGCAAUCGAGGUAUUAUUCUAUCUCCCGAUUUUAGUCAGCGACAACUGAGGCGAUAGGAUUUGCGGUGGCGGGUCUAGAAAAGUGGGGCAGGGUUGGGUCCCUCGGGUCUUUUUUGCUUAUUUUUAUUGUUGCUUUUGUCGUUCUCUCUUCUUCUUUUUUUUCUUUAUAAUAAAAAGCGCGUUAGUUUGAAACUCUUUUGAACAAAACUUCAUGUGUCUUUAGGGGUAUCGAAGUUUCGAUCCCCUAUGAAACAUUCCUGGAUCCACCUCUGAAAAGUGAAAUGUAAAUGUUGUUGUUGACUAAGUAUAUAAUACUAACUAGUCACAUGGUGCAUUCAGCUGCAUGGAGCUUGUCCUAGUAUCAGAAGUAUGAAGCGAUUCGCAGUGUUGGUACACUCCCUCUAGAAAAUGAGAAGUGUCAGCCUAUCGCAGGUUUGUGAGUUCAUGCAUACCCUAAAUUUUGUUUCGUUCCUUCCAUAGAUUACGCCUAAAAGCAUGUCUGUCGAGCGCUCGAGCAGUCUGUUUGACCCGAGGUUUCCCACGUACGUGCGUGCGCUGAUCGUCUGUGGUGUAAUCCUUGGUGUGAUGUGGCUAGUAGGAGCUAAGUUUGAGUUUGCUAAGAAGAUGGGAUGGGUAAAGUUCAGGAAAAAAGGUAUUUUCAGCACUAAGAGAAUACUGAUCAUUAUCUUAUAUCAGCUAGUCCCCCAAAAUAUAAUUUUUGAUAUGAUUUUGUCAAAGUUUACAAAGUUGAUGUUCAUCUUAUAGCACUAAAACUACCUUUGAUUUCACAGAGCUAAUAAACUUCAUGGACAUCCAAUGGAAAAUUGGGAAAAAGGGGAUGACAUAGUGAACUGUAGGAGUAUUGUUCUCAGUAAUUCACUGCGAAUCCCUAUUGCGCAUAGAAUCACGAGUAAGCAGCGCACGCUAACCAAACUAAAGUGGAUGGUUUUUUAAUUUCCAGUGAUAGACAUUGGAAAUAAAACAGAGCUGUGCUCCUGUAGUUCACUAUCUCAUCUCUAGUCUACAAAUUUUUCUCAAAGAUGUUCAUGAAAUACAGGAGCGUUAACUAACAAUUAUAACAGGACUGAGUGGAGUCCAACAGAAUCGGGCGAACGCGAAGCGAGAAUCCGAUUUGUUUAUCACGAGUAUAAUUACAGACAGAAUUGGACGACAUGAAGUCCUGUUACCAAUUAAUCAAACCUAUGACAACAUUUGAGAAAGAAAGUAGACAUCAUUUAUACGUUCUGAUUAAAACAAACAAACAAACAAACAAACAGCUGACUCGGCGAAAUGCGCGUCAAUAGCGUGUUAACUGUCCCUUUAACUGUCCUAUGUCACUGUCCAAUUACAAGCAUAUAUGCAUGACGCGUACACUGUCCUAUUAGUUAGUGCUUAAAUCGGGCUGGUGAUAACCAAUCACGUUCGAUAAUUUUGUUAGUUUUGAUUAGCUCUGUAAAAUCAAAGGCAGAAGCCACAAAUCACCUCUGUAAGAUCCCUGUUGGCAGAAUGUACUUGAAUUCAGUUUUUGCUUCCUUGUAGGUGCAGAGAGUCAUUCUCUUCCAAGACGAGUGGAGUUGUCCAGACACAAAGAGGAAAUGAAGGCUGAUUUGUCCAGAAUCGUUGCCAUAUUCAAGAUCAACUGCUCGCGUCGUAUACAGCACUUGAGGCAACGCCACAAAAAAGAACUGCUUCUUUUAGCAAAGCUCAAGAAACAAGCAAACAAUGCGUUAAUCCAUAAAGGAACUUUACGGAAGGACAGUUUAUUUAACUUUACUUUUGGACUAAAAACAUCCGAGUUAAAUCACAAUUCAGAAAGAAAUGGUCUAACAAAGCAUGACUCGUCACUGAAACAAGACGAUGAAUAUAUGGAAGCCAUCGUGUAGGGAGUGUAUAUAGUCGUCAACAGAGGCAGAUCCAGACCUUGAGCUAAAGGGGACACCCGGUUUUAUGUCGUUUGCCCAGCCGGUUUUUCUUCCUUCUGCGAUUCCUGUUCUUUUUUUUUUUUAUUAAAAAUAAUGGGGAAGAUUCGCCACUAGUCAAUCGAGAAGAGGGUAGCAAAGGAAUGGGGGAGAGGGGGGUCUUAAUCCCGUCUUAAACACGAAUUUUAGAAACAUUAACACGUCACGAGCACUUGAAACAGUAUUUCACGCGUCACGGAUUUUUAAGGGAAAAUUCAAAAUCUCACCCUCCCUCUGUAAAAUUUACGCGUCACGUACUUAUUUUGGGCUUAAUUACGCGUCACGUAGACACCCUUUGCCACCUUCCAAGAAUACUGAAUGUAUUUUAAGAGAAAAAAUCCACUCUAAACUGAUAAAAGCGUACUUAGAAAAAAAUUUGGGACUACAAAGAAAAAGGAGUGAAAACUGACCUCCGAGCCAAACAGCCUAUAUAGCCUGCUAGCAGACGUUGUGUGCGCAGUCAUUCCUCCACGCCAACGUCUGCUGUUAAUGGGGAAGAGUGAUUGCGUGACAUGAGGAGCAUGACAGUGUCUGCGUAGUAGGCUGAAGCUCGUAUGAAGGGAGAUGAAGUAUUUGCAUUUUCUCUCCGUUAAAAUUAAGGCUGAUGCUAUUUUGAAUCAACACAGUUUCUUGUGUCGUUAAAUCAGCAACCUUAACAAAUUUCAAAUUAUUUUAGAAAGGAUAGCGUUCUCUAAGAUUAAUUACCUCAACUCACAACUAUAACUGGCAAAAGAAUGUUAGGGUUUUUAACUGAACCAUUUCUAUGCAAGGGAAAAAGUUUCAGAAAUCGUUUGAACACUGUAUCAUGACAACUUUUCAUCCAGUUGAAUCACUUCACGUGUCCGUACACUUAACCUCUGUAUUCAUUAUUUGAUUCUUAUAGCUGCCUUUAAUUUCGAGAUUCAUGAUGAGAAUUUUUUAUCCUAAAGAAAUAUUAUUUCUCUAAAAAAUAGUCAUUACUUAAUAAAGAAUUUCUCUUCUGGCCGAUCAAAAAAUUUCAUUUUAGCGUAAAGUAAAGUAAUGCCAACUGCUUUUUCCAAAUUUAACAUGACUUAAAUUCCCUUUGUUUUGGUAAUUGAGCCUAGAAGUUCCCCCCGGAAUAGCUGAGUAACACACAAGUCUUUCUUGUGCAGUGUGUAAAUGACAUGGCAUGGAUUGGUGAAAGAAAAAAUCUAACUUUAAAAUAGCAAAAAAUUAUAAGCAAGAAGACAUCAAACAUAAUUAAUUAAACACCAUUAACUUUAAGGAGAAAUAGUACAGAAGUCUGUUUGAACUAUUAAGGUUCAGUUGAUACAAUCAUUUAUUUUCUACAC